UAGCGGGUGUGGGAUUUACUAAUGGCUCAUUAGAAAAAACCGGUCAGAGCAGUCAUUAGGAUUCAAGUCAGCACGUGGCUGAAAUUCUUAAAGUCCGUCCACCACAAAAGUCAGUCGCCUCGUUUGUCCAACCCACAGCAUUCCAACCCAACAAUGUCUCACGCGCCAGGGAUGAAUCGAUCCUUUAGCCCCGUUUGAUCCAGCGUAAAAUGGUCAACUGAGCUGGCUGGCUCUAGGAUCACUGGAGCUUCGAUCUCGCACUGUCUCAUCGUCAUCCCUCCGAAAGGCUUCACAGCCUUACACCAUGCCGACGUCUGACUCGGCGCACCAUUACCAUGUCGGGGUCGAGCAGAUGAAGAAGAAGGAAUAUGCAGCGGCUUAUGCAUCAUUUGACAAGGCGAUCAUGCUCUCGCGUGUGAAGAGCCUUGCCACCUUUGACAUGAGAGUUUACGCCAUGAGCAGGAUGGGAAGCGGUUGGAUCAAUUCGGCAUUGGAAAGGGCACAGAAGAACUGUGAGGAAUUCGACAACGAUGUGAACUCUUGGAAGACAUGGCUUCGCCUCGCAGACGUUCUCUAUUCAAAAGGAGAAUUCCACGCCGCCGACGGGGCUUUGAACGACGCGGUCAAACGUAUGGACAAACUGUCAUCGGCAGCGAGACGCGCAAAUGCAUUAGAAAUUAUCGAGAAACUUAGAGAUAAAGUUCGAACAGCUUAUCGCGAAAAGCAGCUCGCUCGGAAACUCAACGCGCAGCAGGUCAUCGAAGAACAAAACAAAGCCGAGAAGCGUAAACGAGACGCCUUGCGAGCGAGAAUGAACCACAUCAAAAUGUUGCCUCGCGACACUCUCCUGAUGAUUGCCGAAGUGGCCGUUGGGGCAAAUCCGAAUAUCGGUGUGGUGAUGGCGGGAGUGUGUCGCGAGUGGAGACGGACGAUGACACCUUGUCCACAACUUUGGAAAAGGCUCGUACUUGGUUCUCGACGACCAGUCGACAAAGCUAUGUUGUGGCAUCAACGGAGUGGAGGUAGGCUCAACGAACUGUCUUUUUCAGAGACAUUCGACGCGUCCAACCAUGUCGCCAUCGCUGCCGCGUUGAGGGACUCGCUGGCGAGCAUCAAGAGCCUGUCUUUGGCGGAGACGACAGAGCGGUUGGAUCCUUACAGAGGUCGACUCAAGUCAAUCGAGCGAUUGACAGGUAAAUCCAAUAAUAGGUUUGGACCAUAUCUCGAAUUCGGCUUUAUACAUCCAUCAACGACGACUUUACGAUCUCUCUCUCUACAGACGGGCAGAUUGUGUGUCUCUUCAAACUUCUUUGGUAUCCUCGUCCCUGGAGCUGCGGUUCCCGGACCAGUGCUUGACAAUAUCAUCAAGCAUUUAUCUACCCUGCGCUCCGUCGAGAUGGAGAACUGUGAAGUGCUUGGGGACGUGUUCAACGGGACGUUUGCCAUGUGCUCUCGAGCCUCCCUGUUUCAGCAUCUCAAACAGGCUGAAAUCUGCAAAUUCAACGCAGUCAGCUGGACAUCCUACGGUCCUGUUCAGGCCCCUCCGAUGCUGCCACCUGGAGUCCAAGCUCCGCCGAAUCUGGGCCGAAUCGAUUUGCCUCAACUCAAGACAUACGAAGAGACUGCAGCAAACUGUCAACUGGAAGGACCAUUGUUCGAGGCCAUCCAUGUCCCAAACCUUACUUCGCUUCACCUCUUCGACUUGCGGUCUGGUGCUCAAUCCGACGCUCUUUCUCAAUUACGAGCCCCAGGACUCGUUCACGCGUUACCCAACCUGAUCAGCCUUGAUAUCGGCAAGUCUGCGUUGGACCAAGCUCAGCUUUUGAUCGUACUCAAAGAUUUGAAAAGCUUGCGAUUCCUCAACCUCUCAUUCUGUGGUAUAAACAACGCCUUUCUCGAUGCCAUUCAGCUCAAGGACGAACUGAGCGAUGCGGACCAAAUUUUGCCUCACCUCACUGCGUUGUCAAUAGCAGGCCACGAGACGGUCACCACUGGCGCUGUUCGGGAUUUCCUCAAUUCAAGAUUACCCAUCUCUGAGCGGAUCCCUAAACGAGUGGAGAAACCACUGGCAAAGGGACCGUCCAUGUUCAAACCAACCGCUCCAAAGCGAGUCAUACCUGCUUCUCAGCAGUCACUUGGAGGAUCAUCCCAACGCGUUCCUGCUACGCAGGUCAAGUCAUCCUCCAUCCACAGUAUCGCACUGUCUACCCAGCCGCCAAGUAGCUUUGCACUCUCCCAGGAUCCUGAUUCUUUACCUGUGAAUCCUCGAAUCGAUUGGCUGAAUCUUGACGCCUGUGAGAGUAUAGAGAGCACAGCUGUGGAGCUCUGGCGCUCUCGGACGAGGUUCAUCUCUAAUUGGCUAGGCGUACCGGAUUACGACAGGAUUCGAGGCAAAGGUAAAUGGGCAUGGGAUGCAGACUGGACGGAAGACUGUGGAAGAGGGACAGAUCUGGGAUGUCAUUUGAGGCCUGUUCCUGGACGUCAAGGUGCAUUUGAAGUCUGGCAUACUUGCCGGUCUGGAUGGACCUCCCUGCCGGAAGACGAGGAUAGCGGAGACUCAGUGGCCGCAAAGGGAAAGAAGUCCGCCGAUAGGAAGAAGGGAUGGCACCAGAUGCCUAAGAAUGUCAGCUCGACAGCAAGUACGCUCGACGAUGCUUUGUAGAGAAGAAUUUCAGUGCCCCUUGCUCGUGUAUAAUAGGGCGAUCGGGGUGUUGUACGCAUACUGUGUUGAUAUGGUUCUGAGAAUUGUUGUCGUUGCACAUACGUGCGAGACAUGUUGCCAUUCUGUUGAUGUUGUAUGCACAUAAUGUACGUG